AUGAGAGCUCAUAAACCAUAUAAUUUAUUGAAAGUCUUUUCUAAUAGUUCUUAUAAUUUCACUAAACUUAAACAAGAAAUUAUCCGGCUUAAAGCCCAAGAACAAGAAUUAGCACUGCAAGUAGGAAAUGAAAAACGAAGCUGA